CUGCGUUUUGAUCUCCCAACUGGCGAAACGUGCCUUGACCUAAACAAUAUGAUUUCGUGUCUGAAGAAAAUCGUACUUCUCACACUGACUUUUAUCCGAGCAGUAAGAGGUCCUGAUAUUUCUACACCAUGCAGCGAUAACUGUAAAUGUUCAGUUUGUCCUUUCAGAGGACUUAAAAACCUGACUGAGGUGACUUGCAACGCAACACGCCUUCGAGAAAUUGUUAUUCCUUCACGAGUCAACAUCUGCGCCUUGGUGCUGUCAAGGAAUGGAAUUUCUUCUCUCGACAAAAAGUUUUUACGGCCGUUUGAUGGAAUUAUUUCCUUGGAUUUGUCAUUUAAUAUGAUAACCAAACUGUCAAAGAGAGCGUUUAGUAGUGUGUCUUCCUUGAAGAGUUAACAGUAUUAUACUUGCAGCACAACAACAUUGCAACUGUGGAGCCUGGUGCAUUCUUUGGGCUUAGCAAACUCAAAAAACUAGAUAUGAGUUUUAACAAACUAGAAACUCUAAUAGAUGACGCGUUUCGGGUUCUGACACUGAAAAAUCUUUCCUUGCAGCAUAAUGCGAUCACAAUCAUACAACCUAAAGCUUUCGCCGGACUUCGAAAUCUGGAAUUUCUCGAUCUCAGUUAUAACAAAGUUGUGAUUGUGUCUCUGGAUGUGUUCAAGGGUCUUAGUAAUCUAAAAACCAUUUGUGAUCUCUCUCCCUCGCUUUCCUGGCGGAAGAAAAUCGCUGGGACCGAGAUUGUACAAUUUUCCUUAUGUAUUCUGUUUUUUUGUUAUGUAACAAGAAACCUGGACGGGAGCAAUAUAACAAACCCAUCUGCUGUUAACGAAACAAAUAAGGCAAACAAGACACAAGGGAAUCAAAAGAGGUCCUUCAAUAACAGCGGAUGCUCCCGGAUUCAACAAAAACAAGUUGUAUUUCAGGUCUCGAGAAACAGGAAGGUGUGUUUCCAAAGACGAAACUGCACCCUGUCUCUUACUGUGGUAAAUAAGACUAAAACUGUGCCAGAGAGAUUUGAUAUUUGUUGGGAUUUAAUAAAAAAACUUCGCCCUCUCUUGUUCAUCUUGGGAACCAUCGCAACUUUUACCAAUAUGCUGGUUAUUAUAACAGUUGUAUUGACUAAAAGCCUUCGAAGACGUCCGCCAUUUUUAUUGGUUUCAGCGACGGCAGUAUGCGACUUUUUGAUUGGUAUUUACUCGUUUGGAAUGGCUUUCGGGCAUGGCUAUGACCUUCAGGAAUUCAAAGCUUGGCAGGACAUCUACUGUACCUACUUAAGGUAUCUGUUUAUCUUAGCAGAAGUUGAUGGAGGACUGACGUCACUGUUGAUGACUAUUGAACGAUAUGUUGCCAUCGUUUUCUGUAUGAACCCUGACAUAAGGCUAGGCUACAAAGCUUUACGAAUAGCACUCCCGCUGACUUGGAUUACGGGCGCCACAUCAGCAACUUUAGCGCAAAUUUUUGACAUGAGACAUAACGCGAAACCCGGGAGAAUGUGUCUUUUUCACAGAAACUCCGACAAAAUACCCUCCAUUUUUAUUAGCGAUAUAGUGUUGCUGUUUCUAGUAUUUACCUAUCUCCUCGUCGUAUUUCUUUAUUUGCAUAUUUUCGUCGUUGUGCGAAAAUCUGCGCGCAGGGCAGGCACACGUAGAGAAUCGCAAUUAGCCAAGCGAAUUAGUUUGAUUGUUCUUACAAGUUUCGUGUUUUUCGCUGUGCCUAAUUUUGCUCUGGCGUGGUUUAUCAUAAAUGGAGGACGUGUUUUCGAAGAUGUUAGAAUGAAUCGUACUCUGCUGUGGUGGCUUCCUCCUGUUUGUUUGGUGGUGAAUGCCUGUCUUAACCCUUUCAUAUUCGCGUUUAAAAAUGACAAGUUCACUAGAUCUCUUAAAAGACUAGCAGGCCGUCCUCUCAGAGGGCUUUUAAUGAUUAAGAAAAAGAACAGAGGUGGUCAACCAUUUGCGUUACAGUCUCCUGCUGUCUCUCAAGGAAGCCUUAAUCAAGGAAUGGACUCUUCUCUGAAACUCGUUGCUGAAGCAACAGAUGCAGCUUUGCGUUAAUAUCAUGAAAAAAGAGAAGGAAAAGAGAGGUAGAAUCAAAUGAUGAGAGAAGGAAAAAAAUGAAUGGAAGGGGGGAUGAAACAAAAUGAAAGAAAGAAAUAAAGAAGAAUGAAAGGAAGGAAGAGAGAAUGUAAGAAAGCAGGAACGAUAUGCAUGAUCAACAAGAUAUUGCCUGAUUUCGUAUCAGUAGGAUCAUACACAUAUUUAAUUUAACCGCUCACUUAACUGAACUAAAGAGAAUGUAUAUGUCGUACCUUACUCCAGCUCGCUACAAUAUCAAAAAGGCGUCGGAAUAAAGUGAAGACAAGUGAAAAUUUGUGACAGACACAAUGAAUAGAUCAUGUCAGCCUUUGAAAUCAAUAAAGUUCACUUACUAUUCAACUC